UUCUGGGAAUUUCAGGAAUUCUGGGGUUGUUUUUGGGAAUUCUGGGAAUUUCAGGAAUUCUGGGGUUGUUUUUGGCAAUUCCAGGGAUUUGGCAGUUCUGGGAUUUGGGCAAUUCCGGGAAUUUUGGGAAUUCCGGGGUUUUGACAAUUCCAGGGCCGUUUUGGCAAUUCCAGGAAUUUCAGGAAUUCUGGGGUUGUUUUUGGGAAUUCCAGGAAUUUUGGCAAUUCCAGGAAUUUUGGCAAUUCCAGGAAUUUGGGGAAUUCCAGGGUCUUGGCAAUUCUGGGAAUUCUGGCAAUUCCAGGGAUUCUGGCCAUUCUGGGUUUUUUUGGGGAAUUCCCGAUCCCGGGGCCUUUUGGGUUUUUUUUUUUUUGGGAAUUCCAGGAUUUUUUGGGGGGGGAAUUCUGGGGAAACUGAGGCAUGGCAGGAGGGGACGGGGCUGAGUAACCUGGAGUAUCCUCGGAGUAAGAGCUGGAGCGUGCGGGCUGAGCCUGGUGUGACCCCGGAGUAUCCCUGGAGUAACCCCAGAGUAACCCCGGAGUAACCUCGGUGUAUCCCGAGAGUAUUCCCUGAGUAACCCCGGAGCAUCAUCGGAGUAACCCCGGAGUAUCCCUGGAGUAACCUCGGUGUAUCCCGAGAGUAUUCCCUGAGUAACCCCGGAGCAUCAUCGGAGUAACCCCGGAGUACGGGGCUGGAGAGUGGCAUUUGUGCCGUGUGUAACCCCUGAGUAGGAGCUGGGGGCUGGAAUUCCAGCCUGGAGUAUCCCAGGAGUAUCCCCGGAGUAUGGGGCAGGACGCUGGGAAUGAGGCUCUGAGUAACCCCGGAGUAUCCCUGGAGUAUCCCUGGAAUAUCCCCAGAGUAACGCUGGAGUAACCCCAGAGUAACCCCUGAGUAUCCCAGGAGUACGGGGCAGGACGCUGGGAAUGAGGCUCUGAGUAACCCCAGAGUAUCCCCAGAGUAUCCCCGGAGUAUCCCCUGAGUAUCCCUGGAGUAACUCCGGAGUAUCCCCGGAGCAUCCCUUGAGUUCAGGUCCAGGUCCUGGAGUAUCCCCUGAGUAAGAGGUCAGAGGUGAAGCCCUGAGGAUCUCGGGAGUAUCCCUGGAGUAAUUCCCCGUUCCUCGGCAAUUUUUGGGAUCCUGCCUGGGAAUUCCCGCGGUUUCCGCCCCAAACCCGAUUUGAUCCCAGGAAUUCCCCCGGCAUUCCCAGAUUCCCGGAGAAUUCCCGAGUUUUGGGGAAAUUUGGGAAUUCGGGGAGGACGUGGGAAAGGAUAAAUCCGUUCCCCAAGGGGUUUUUGGGAUAAAUCCAUUCCCUGGGAUUUUUUGGGAUAAAUCCAUUCCCUGAGAGUUUUUUGGGAUAAAUCAAUUCCUUGCAGGGAAUUUUGGGAUCAAUUCCCGUUUUUCCCCAAAAUUCCCCCCCAAAACUGUGGCAAAAAUGAGAAUUUUGGGAUGGAUUCCCCCCAGCCACAUCAAAAAUGAGAAUUUUGGGAUGGAUUCCCCCCAGCCACAUCAAAAAGGGGAAUUUUGGGAUCAGUUCCCUCUUUUCACCAAAAUUCAGCCCAAAACCACAUCAAAAAUGGGAAUUUUGGGAUGGAUUCCCCCCAGACCACAUCAAAACCGGGAAUUUUGGGAUUUCCCCCGGGUUUUCCCACCCGCCCCUGGAGGAAGGCGGGAGAAGGGCCCCACGCCGGGGAUUUUUCCGGAAUUUUCCGCGGGAAUGACGCUGGCUCUCCUUGCAGUUGACAUGGACGAUGAAGACGGCCGGUGCCUGUUAGAUGUCAUCUGCGAUCCGCAGGCCCUGAACGAUUUCCUCCAUGGAUCCGAGAAGAUCGACAGCGACGAUCUCCUGGAGCACUCGGGCGACGCCGCCAGCGCCUUCUUCGAGGGCGCCGGGCUCCACGGGCAGGAGGCCGCGGGGAACCCGCUGAGCGCCGAGCCCAGCCAGCCGCCGGCCAGCGUGGACCUGGACUUCCUGGAGGAUGACAUCCUGGGCUCGCCGGGCGGCGCCGGCGCGGGCGCCGAGCAGCCGUGCGACAUCCUCCAGCAGAGCCUGCAGGAGGCCAACAUCACCGAGCAGACGCUGGAGGCCGAGGCCGAGCUGGACCUGGGCUCCUUCCAGCUGCCGGCGCUGCAGCCGGUGGUGCAGGCGGCCGACGGCGCGCCGCAGAUCUUCUCGGGCGGCGCCGCCGACCUGCUGGGGCUGCAGCCCCCGGCCGUGCUGGCGCCGCAGGCGCUGGUGCAGCCGCCGGACGUGGUCAACAAGGCCAUCAGCGUGCAGCCCUUCCUGCAGCAGGUGGGGCUGGGCAACGUCACCAUCCAGCCGCUGCCCAACCUGCCCGGCCUGCCCAACGGCAGCCCCGGCGGCGCGCUGGGGCUGGGCCCCAUCCAGGUGGUGGGCCAGCAGGUGAUGGCCAUCAACCAGCCGGCCGCGCCGCAGCUGCUGGCCAAGACGGCGCCCGUGGCGGCCGUGGGCGGCUACAUCGCCCAGCCCGAGGCGGCGGCGGCGGCGGCGGCGCAGGGAGCCGGGCUGGUCAUCCAGAAGAGCCUCCCGGCCGUGGCCACCACCACGCUGAACGGCAGCUCGGUGUUCGGCGGCGUCUCGGCGGCGUCGGCGCAGCCGCUCACCGUCACCUCGGGGCUGGGCGGCUCCCUGGUGCCGGCGCCCAACGUCAUCAUCCACCGCACGCCCACGCCCAUCCAGCCCAAGCCGGCCGGCGUGCUGCAGCAGAAGCUCUACCAGAUCACGCCCAAGCCCUUCGCGCCCGGCGGCGCGCUGGCGCUGCCCGGCGAGGCGCCGGCCAAGGCGCAGCAGAACCUCGCCUUCAUGGCCGGCAAGGCCGCGCCCAACGUGGUGCUCCAGGGCUUCCCCCCCAACGUCUUCAAGCCGCCGCCGCCGCAGCCGCCGGCGCUGGGCAAGUCCAUGAGCGUGCACGUGCUCAACCAGGGCGGCUCCAUCGUCAUCCCGGCGCAGCCCUUCCAGGGCCAGAACCAGUUCCUGCUGCCGGGCCAGCUGGCCGGCGCCUCGGCCGUGCCGCUGCCGCAGCCGCUCUCGGCGCUGCCGGCCAACGUGGGCGGCCAGCUGCUGCCGGGCGCGGGCCAGGCCCACAUCAUCGCCGGCCAGGGCGCCGGCGCGCAGCUGCUGGCCAACCCCGCGCUGCCGGCGCAGCUGCUCAACCAGAACCUGGCGGGGCAGCUCAACCUGGGCCCGGUGCUGGCGUCGCCGGGCGCGGCGGGCACGGCGCACAUCCUGUCGGCGGCGCCCAUCCAGCUGCAGCCGGGCCAGGUGGCGCCGCCGGCGCUCUUCCAGAUGCCGGUGUCGCUGGCCGGGCCCUUGCCCAGCCCCGGCUCGGCCGCGCCGGCGCCCACGGUGAUCCAGGGCGUGACGCUGGCCAGCCCGGUGACCAUGCUCAACGCCGGCGAGGGGCUCGGCGCCGCCGCCGCCGCCGCCGUCGGCAUCCAGGCGGCCGCCGGCAGCCCCGGCGCCGAGCCCGGCUCCGGCGGCGCCGCGCAGCCCCCGGCGGCCCCGGUGCCGGCCCAGCCCAGCCCCGGCCUGGCCGGGAGCCCCGAGAAAAUCCUGCUGGGGACGGCGGCGACGGCGACGCCGGUGCUGGGCCAGGAGGCCGUGCCCAUGUUCCUGCAGCAGCCGAAGCUGCCGGGAACGACCCCGGGGGAGCCCCCGGCCCCGCUGGCCCCGCUGGCCCCGCAGCUCGCCCCGCUGGCCCCGCAGCUCGCCCCGCUGCCCUCGCGGCCGCCCUCGCAGCCGCAGCCGCUCUCCCGCCCGCCCUCCCGGCCGCUCUCCCGGCCGCCCUCGGAGCCGCCGCGCCCGGAGCCGCCGCCGGGGCUCUUCCCGGGGCCCUUCCCGGAGCCGCCCGAGCAUUCCCAGUCCCCGCGCUCCCAGCACUCCCAGCACUCCCAGUCCUCCUCCCAGUCCUCCCAGUCCCAGCACUUCCCGCUGCCGCUGCUGCCCCCGGAGCAUUCCCGGAGCUUCCCGCUCAUCCCGGGAGCUUUCCCGGCCCCGCCCAAGGCCGGCCCGGAGCGCUUCCAGCAGGUGCCCCAGGGGCUGCUCCUGCAGCCGAAGCCGCCCCCGUCCAGCCCGGCCCCAUUCCCGGCUCCGGCCGCUCCCGUCCUGGUGCCGGCGGCUCCGGGAACGCCCGGCCCGGCCCUGGCGGCCGCCGGCGCCGCCGCCUCAGGUGCCGCCGCCCCGGCCGAGCCGAAGCCGUUCUGCAGCGCCGGCGCCGCCGUUCCCGGGGCCGUUCCCGGGGCCGUUCCCGGGGCCGUUCCCGUUCCCGCCGGGGCCGUUCCCGUUCCCGUGGCCGUUCCCGUGGCCGUUCCCGUGGCCGUUGCCGUUCCCGGCGGGAAGGCGGCGCCGGCUCCCGGCAAGGCGGGGCCGCCCCUCCCCCCCCAGCCCGGCCAGGCGAAGCCGGGCGGGAUCAAGGGCCCCCCCCAACCCUCAGCGGGGGGGAAGGGCCCCCAGGCCCCGCCCACGCUGGAGCCGAAGCUGCCGCUGAAGAAGCCGCCGCUGCUGCAGCCCAGUAAGGAGGCCUGCCUCCUGGAGCAGCUGCACAAGCACCAGGGCGCCGUGCUGCACCCCGAGCUGCGCGCGCCCUUCCGCUCCGUGGGCGACGCGCUGCGCCGCCUGCUGCCCUACCACGUGUACCAGGGCGUGCUGCCCGGAGAGAGCGACUGCCAGCGCGUGGACGAGGAGUUUGAGGCGGUGUCGGAGCAGCUGCUGCGCCGCACGCGCGCCAUGCUCAACAAGUACCGGCUGCUGCUGCUCGAGGAGUCGCGGCGCGCCAGCCCCUCGGCCGAGAUGGUGAUGAUCGACCGCAUCUUCAUCCAGGAGGAGAAGACGGCGCUGGCGCUCGACCGGCAGCUGGCGCGGGACAGGCCCGACGAAUACGUCUCCUCCUCCUCCUCCUCUUCUUCCUCCUCCUCCUCUUCCUCCUCCCGCUCCCACCCCCUCCCCCCCUCCUCCUCCUCCUCCUCCUCCUCCUCGCUGCCCCUCCCCCAGCCCUCGCCCGCCCCUCCCCCUCCCGCCCCUCCCCCUCCCGCGCCCCCCAAGCUGCUGAUCAAGCACGGGGGGGGCUCCCCGAGCGUCACGUGGCUGGGGGAGCCCCGGGACCCCCCCCGGGACCCCCCGCGGGACCCCCAGCAGCGCGGCCCGGGGGACGAGGACGCGCUGCCCUCGCGGAGCCGCCCCCCGAUGAAGACGUACGAGGCGCGGAGCCGCAUCGGCCUCAAGCUCAAGAUCAAGCAGGAGGCCGGGCUGAGCAAGGUGAUCCACAACACGGCGCUGGAUCCGCCGGGGAUCCCGCCCGGCACCGGCACUGGCACCGGCGCCGCCCCGGCGCUGGCCGCGCAGCUCAACGGCUCCCUGGAGAAGAAAGCGCCGCCGCCGCCGCCCGCCAACGCCGGGGCCGCCGCUCCGUGCCGGCUGCCACUGCGGAAAACCUACCGGGAGAUCAACCGGGAGAUCAACCGGGAGGUGAACCGGGAGGUGAACCGGGAGGUGAACCGGGAGAUCCCCGAGCGCCGGGAGCCGCCGGCGCCGGCGCCGCGCUCGGAGCGCCGCCCGGUGAUCACGGCGCUGCGCCGGGACCCGGCGUCCGCCGGGCGCGUCCGGCCCGGGAAAGGCCCCCCGGAGGAGCCGUCGGACGGCGAGGAGGAGGAGGAGGAGGAUGAGGAGGACGAGGAGGAGGAGGAGGAGGACGAGGAGGAGGAGGAGGAAGGCGGCGCGGCCGAGCCGCCGUGGGCCGGCAAGCGGCGGCGGGCGGAGGCGGCCGAGGUGGACGCGGCGUCGUUCAGCAGCGAGAGCCCGCGGGACGACUCGCUGAGCGAGCACCUGCAGAGCGCCAUCGACAGCAUCCUCAACCUGCAGCAGCCCCGCGGCGCGCCGGCACCGGCGCCGGCACCGGGAGCCGCCGCCGCCGCCGCGCCGCCGCCCUUCCCGGGGCCUCCCCGGCGCGCCGAGCCCCUCCUGCCCCCCCCCAGCCACAACGGCGGCCUCGGAGCCGCCCGGACGUGCACCAGAUGACGGCGGCGGGGCGGCGGAGACCGGGAGGGGACGCCGGGAAAACGCACCGGGAGAACGCACCGGGAAAACGCACCGGGAUCGGGAGGCCCGGGUCGGAUCGGGACGCCGGGAUCGGACACCGGGAACACACCGGGAUCAGGAUCGGGAAUGGCCCGGGACACCAGGAUCAGAACGGGACACCGGGAACGCGCCGGGACACCGGGAUCGGAACGGAGCGCCGGGAGCGGGAGACCCAGAUGGGACCGGGACACCGGGAUUGGAAAGGAACCGGGACACUGGGACUGGAACGGGACCGGGACACCGGGAACGGACCGGGACACCGGGAACAGACCGGGACACCGGGAUCCGAACAGGACACGGGGAACGGACCGGGAUACCGGGAACGCACCGGGAUUGGGAACGGGAACGGGAGCGCACCGGGAUCCCAGGAACGGAGCGGGAUCAGGAACGGAGCGGGAUCGGGAUCAGACCGGGAAUGGGAUCGGGAACGGACCAGGAACGGGAUUGGGAUCAGAGCAGGACCGGGAUCGGGAUCGGGAACGGCAGCGGAGCCGCCCCGGAACGGGGAAUGGGUCCCGGGACCGGGGAGAGCAGCGGGGAAUUCGGGAACGCGGGACGGGAAAUUCGGGAAUGCAGGAUCGGCCCUGGAGAGAGGAACAGGAAAAUUCACAAAUGCGGGAUGGGAAAUUCGGGAAUGUGGGAUCGGCCCCGGAGAGAGGAACGGGAAAUUCGGGAGAGGAGCGGGAAAUGUGGGGAACGUGGGAAAUGUGGGAAUUCCGGAGCUUUCCCGGGAUCGGGGAGAGCCCCGGACCCGGCGGGGUUGGGAUGGGAAUGGGGAUGGGGAACCCCAAAUCCAUCGGGAUGGGAAUGGGAAUGGGGAAACCCCAAAUCUGAUUUCCUGGGACACAGAUCCUGGAAUUGGGAUAGGAACAGGAAACUCCAAAUCCACGGGGAUGGGAGAGAGGGAAAACCCCAAAUCCAUCGGGAUGGGAAUGGGGAUGGGGAGCCCCAAAUCCAUCGGGAUCGGGGUGGGAAUGGGAGCCCCAAAUCCAUCGGGAUCGAGAUGGGAAUGGGAGCCCCAAAUCCAUCGGGAUCGGGGUGGGAGAGAGGGAAAACCCCAAAUCCAUCGGGAUGGGAAUGGGAAAACCCCAAAUCAAUAAAAUCAAUUGCGAUCGGGAUGGGAGAGAGGGAAAAUCCCAAAUCCAUCGGGGUCGGGGUUGGGACGGGGCAGAGGGAAAAUCCCGGGAUCGGGAUCAGGGUCGGGGUCGGGGUCGGGAGCAGCGUGGGAAGAUCCCAAAUCCCUCGGAGCGCCGGGGUCGGGAGCAGGAAGCGCCUCCCCCCCCCCCGCCCUUUUCCCCCAAAUCCCCCUGGAGCGAAAUUUCCUGGGAUCGUCACCCCCACCCCAAAAUUCCACCCCAAAAAUCCCCCCCCCCCGAAAAGGGCAAAAAACCCAAAAUUCCCCCUCCCCUCCCCCCCUUUAUUUUGUUCUUCACAAAUUCUGGAGUUUUUGGAGCCUCCCCAAAAUUCCACCCCAAAAAUUCCCAAACCUGGGGUGAAAUCCCCCAGUUUGGAACUCCGGAGAUUUUGGGGUGAAAAAGAAGCCAAAAAAAAAAAAACCCAAUUCCUUCCCAAAAACUGGAAUUCCCGUAAUUCCCGAGAGGAGAAUUCCCCAAAGUCUCAAAAUUCCCGAAUUUCCAAGAGGAGAAUUCCCAAAUCUCCCGAAUUUCUGAGUGGAGAAUCCCCAUAAUUCCGAGAGGAGAAUUCCCAAAAUUCCUGAAUUUCAGAGAGGAGAAAUCCCCAAAUUUCCGAGUGGAGAAUUCCCAAAAUUCCCGAAUUCCCGGCGGGUUUUGUACUGUAUUUAUUGUCCAUAGCGCGUUUUGUACGGAAUUCUGGAACUUUCCUAUUUCUGCUGUAAAUUAAAGUCCUUUUAAUUAA